AUGCAAUUUUGCAAACUCUCCCUCCUAGGCUUCCUGUGUGUUGUCGAAAUAACCGCAGCGCCUGUCUCGAAACACGACAUGCUUAUGAAUUGCAUGAACAAGGAGUUGGACAAUAUGAACAACGAAUAUCAAUUGAGUCCUGACGACAUGGGCAAGUUGAAACGGGUCAUGGAUAAGAAAAUCAUGCAAUUAUCCUUCGAUGAACCUGCAGAAUCAGAACAGGGAAAGCGACCAGGUGCAGCAACGAUGGCUCACAAAGCCAUGCCAGAGGCUCCACCCGAGACAAUCGAUAGAAUACUGGGUAGCCUCGCAAAAUCUAGCAUGCAUUGCGCAAAGGGCCUGCAAUAA